AUGGUUUGUAUGAUUUGCACAUCUAGCGCGACUGGCACGGCACCGCCGUCGAACAAAAAUAGCAGCGUCGGAGCCAGCGGUAUGGCCGGCGGCGCUGGCGUACUGUUGCCGGCGUCCAUGUUGCGCGGGGAGAAGAAGCGGGCGCGCGGCCGCAAAGGCACUGUCUACAACGAGGAGUACAUCGUCAACAAUGUACGGCGGCUGGUUGAGUGCGUCGGAGUCGCCGGGGACGAGGUCGCGCGGCUCGUCUUCGGCCUGGCAGGAGAUGAAUGGCCGAGAGGGCGAGGGCUGUCGAGGACCUGCUACAGAGAGGAAUCCGCGCAACAACUGUCAAUCCGUUGUGGAGAUAGACAAUGA